GUCGAUCAACAUCAUCCACCACAACGAAAGCAACAGCCGGCGAUCGAGACAGCAGCCAGAGGCUCACUUGGCUACUGCCGCUAGUCGCGAUCACAGCUCAGGCUUAGCCACUCGGUCGACAUGGCCUGCAAGUCGGCGUCCCUGCUGAUCCUCGCGGCGCUGGUGGCCGCCGCGGCGUGCUCGGGCUUGGCAACGGCGCGCGACGUCCCGACAGUGAAGGAGGAUGCGGUGAAGCGGCCAGAGACGUUCCAGGAGGGGACGGUGCUGAUCCCGGGGAUCGGGCGGUACGAGCUGGGCAGCCACUACAGGCCGGACAUCGGCGGGCUGGACCACAGCAUUCCGGCCGCCGCCAACGGGCAGUUCAUCCCCGGCGCCGACGACACCUGGGUGCCCAACCCCGGCUUCGAGGUGCCCAACCCCUUCCGCCCCGCAGCCACCACGGAGUCCCCCUGAUGGAUCGAGCCGGCCGGCCGGGCAGCACGUCGUCCACGUUACGCCCAUCGAUCCAUGGGUAGCUACUAGCCUGCUCUAAAUCAGUUUCCGCUAGCUUUUGGUUGCUAUAAUAAAAAUAGCUACUAGCAUGCGUAUGCACGUAUUAGCGACUGCGUGCGAGCGCGCUGUCGACGUUUUGUGUGUGAUCGGAGAGUGUGCCUGUAUGGGUAUGCAUGGAUGCGUAGGAAGGAAGCAUCCAUCGCAUACCUCGCUUUUCUUUGUUGUUGCCAAUAAUGUGUUUUCAGUUCAAUGUAUUCCUUUUUAGUUCGAUAAAUUAAUGAUGAAGUAUUAUGCAUGAUGAA